CUCCUUGAAGACCCAAAAUCUAGAACUACAGACAACGCUGAUGAGGAUGCCUUGACAAAAUUGUUUGGUAACCCAAAAUCUGGUCGUUUAAUUGGACAAGGAAGAGACAUAACAAGGUCAAAGCUAACUGUUGUUAAUAUGUGUAAUAGCAAGAUCUCCAAGUUAGAAGAAGAGCAACAUAAUAUGAAGCUCAAAAUGAUUGAAAUGAUGAAUCUACUUAAAGAACACUUGGUGGUUGGUGGUAAAGUGACACCAAGCAAAGGACAGUCUCGCAAUGUACUGCAGUCAAACAAUAUUCAGUCCCCUAAGAGUAUUGCACUAGAAAAAAGACAUAACUUUACAGAAGGGAAGAACGCUUGCUACUUGCUUGACUGGGCAUAUGCAAUUGUUGCUAAAGGUCGUUGGGAUUCUAGUGAUCCAAAGAUAACUGUACAUGGAAAGCCUCUUGGACCAGACUUUAUGCGAGUAUGGGUUGAUGUUGCUAUUGUACCCUAAUCUUACUUAUUUCAUCCUAAUCAUGUGAUGCUUACAAUACAAGAAGCAGUUGGUUCCACAGUUGCAUGGCCUUCUAAAAAAGUUAUUCCAAGAGAUAUGACAAGCGAAGUAUAAAAGGAUACUUAAGACUCCUUGAAAGUAGUAACUUUGUUUAUUUCUUUGUGUUGAAAGUAG